GUCAAGUUGCCGUGGCGCGGAGAACUCUGCAAAACAAGAGGCAGGGGAUUGCGUUAGCGAUAAACCAGUUCACGCCGGAGCCCUGGGAAGGAAGCGUCUCUGCUGGCUCCGGCCUCUCCGCGGGACUCUGAGGAAAAGCCGCCACCAGGCCGACGCCGCCCGGCACCAUGGGUAAAGGAGACCCCAACAAGCCGCGGGGCAAGAUGUCCUCGUACGCCUUCUUCGUGCAGACCUGCCGGGAAGAGCACAAGAAGAAGCACCCGGACUCUUCCGUCAAUUUCGCUGAAUUCUCCAAGAAAUGUUCGGAGAGAUGGAAGACCAUGUCUGCAAAGGAAAAGUCGAAAUUUGAAGAUAUGGCAAAAAGUGACAAAGCUCGCUAUGACAGGGAGAUGAAAAAUUAUGUUCCUCCCAAAGGUGACAAGAAAGGAAAGAAGAAAGAUCCCAAUGCUCCUAAAAGGCCUCCGUCUGCUUUCUUCCUGUUUUGCUCUGAACAUCGCCCAAAGAUCAAAAGUGAACACCCUGGUUUAUCCAUCGGGGAUACUGCAAAAAAGCUGGGUGAAAUGUGGUCUGAACAGUCAGCCAAAGAUAAACAACCAUAUGAACAGAAAGCAGCUAAGCUAAAGGAGAAAUAUGAAAAGGAUAUUGCUGCAUAUCGCGCCAAGGGCAAAAGUGAAGCGGGAAAGAAGGGCCCUGGCAGGCCAACGGGUUCAAAGAAGAAGAAUGAACCAGAGGAUGAAGAGGAAGAGGAAGAGGAGGAAGAAGAUGAAGAUGAUGAGGAAGAGGAGGAAGAUGAGGAAUAAAUGGCUAUCUUGUAAUGAUAUGUGUGGAGUGUGCGUGUGUGCUCAGGCAAUUGUUUUGCUAAGAAUGUGAAUUCAAGUGCAGCUCAAUAUUAGCUUCAGUAUAAAAACUGUACAGAUUUUUGUAUAGCUGAUAAGAUUCUUUGUAGAGAAAAUACUUUUUUAAAAAUGCAGGUUGUAGCUUUUUGAGGGGCUACUACAUACAGUUAGAUUUUAAAGCUUCUGAUGUUGAAUGUUUCUAAAUAUUUAAUGGUUUUCUUAAUUUCUUGACUUGUGUAUUGUAGCACAGCAGACUUGUAGGAAUUAGUAUCAAUAGUAAAUUUUGGGUUUUUUAGAAUGUUGCAUUUUGUUUUUUAAAAAAAUUUUUGUAAUAAAAUUAUGUAUAUUAUUUCUUUUGUCUUUGUCUUGAUAUGCUAGGUUAGUUUUCACUCUAAAAAUUCUUAAGAGUCUGGAGCCAUGUCAAGAUUUUCUUGUUAAUUUAUGCCUAAUAGUUCUUAGAGUUGAUUGAGUAAAAUGUUUGGUUGAAAGUAAAACAUGCCCUUAUUCUAAUUUACAAAGUGUUCUUUAAAAAAUAGACCUGGAAUAUAAUGAACCUCUACAAUUGGUGCAGUUUUACAAAGUGAGUAACUUUUUUUUUUCUUGACGUUGCUGUUGAUUUAUUACUAACUUAUCUGUUGGGUUUUUUGUUUUUUUUAAACUGACACUAUUUUUUGGGAAACUGUCUUUAAUAAAAGGCAGAGGAGCUAAAACAAGUACAUAACCUAAAAAAAACUUAAAAACAUCAUUAGAACAGGUUAAAUUUUCUGUUGAUUGUGAAUUAGUUCAAGGUGAAUACUAGAAUGCAUUUUGAGUUAAAUCUUUAAAAAUGUAGUGUGCUAUUAAACUUCAGAAUUUUGGAUAACCUUAAAGCAUUUGAGGUAGUUCUUAUGGUCUGCCAUGACUAAAUUUCACUAGGAUUUAUAUUUACUGGGUAAAUCAUUAUUUGAGAAAUACUCCAUUGAAGGUGCAAUUGCUCCUCUUUGAAUUAAGAUUACUAUUUUGAAGUUAUCAGAGGCUUCUAGUGAAAACCGACCUCUGUUGGCCAAGUGAUGACAGAACAAACCUAUUUGUUGAUUGUUUUAUACUUAAACUUGAUCUGAUAAUCCUGAUUACCUGUCAAAUUUUAAAAUAGUCAAAAGUCUUAAACAACCAUGGCAGUUUGUUGCUGUCUUAUGCCAUAUUGGGGUAAGUAUGGUUAACUGGGAGUGGGUCAGGUAUUAGCAUAAUUACCAGAAUAAAGAAUCAAAAUCUGCAGACCUCUGUUUGCCCUCCUUAUCCUAUCCCAGUAGUUGCACAUUUAAAUAUGGAGUGUUGCUGAUCAAAAUGAAAAUUUUAUUUUAAAAAAUAAUUUCUAGUGUUAAGUGACUUAAUAGCACGAAAAAAUUAGGGUAAUAUGUUUUAGAGACAACCUUGGUCUGAAUAACAGUUUCCCAGCUCUGUAUAAGUACUAGCUUUAUGAACUUUGAUCUUACAGCUUCCCAUUUGUAAUACAGGGUCAGUACGUGCUUCACAGCUUUUCAAUGUUAAAGGAAAAUUACAGCUAUGCAAAAUUGGUGCAUAAAGGGAUGUUAACCAAGAGUUAGUAAAAUUGAAAUAGGGCAAAAGUGUUGUUUCCUUAAGGAUUUCUAAAUCUUGUAAGUUAGACCCCAUGAGGCAGACCUGUCAGAUUUCUUGUCAUCUUUUGGGGAGUUUUUGUGAUUGCUUUAAUUGUUCUUUAUAUAAAGCAUAACACACCUAA